AUGUCUGCCCCUACUGAUACUCAUCUGCAAGCAGCAUAUAUAGUACUUCGUUACUUGAAGAAUGAUCCAACUCAAGGUCUGUUUUACUCUGCGAACUCGGCACUGAAGCUUACUGCUUACUCUGACUCUGACUGGGCUGCUUGUCUUGACUCACGGCAGUCUAUCACCGGGUACUGUGUCUUUCUUGGUGACUCUUUGAUCUUGUGGCGGUCCAAGAAGCAACAUAAAAUAUCUCGGAGUAGUUCUGAAGCUGAAUACAGAGCUAUGGCAGAUGCAACUUUGUAUCAUGAGCGUACGAAGUACGUUGAGAUUGAUUGCCAUGUGGUCCGUGAGAAGCUACAAAGCGGGUUCUUGAAGACUAUACAUGUUCAGUAUGCGCUCCAACUUGCUGAUAUUUUGACAAAGGCUGUUCAACCGGCUCUGUUCAAAUCAUUGCUUGGCAAGAUUGGAAUACACAUUCCAUCUUGA